UUCAUCAUGGCCAUUUCCAACAUGUUUGAACUGGGAUUAGUUGCUGGGUUGGGCCACCAUGAAUUUGCACAUGCAUCUCUGGGAGACCCAGGCUUUAGAGAUGGAAGCAUUCAGUCCCAGGAGAAACCUGCAGUUCGUUCCCGGUCUUUCCAGUUUGUGCCAUCCAUAGGAAUACAGGACAGUAAGGAGCUAAACAAAACUUGCUGUCUGAAUGGGGGCACCUGCAUCCUGGGGUCCUUUUGUGCCUGCCCCGCUUCCUUCUAUGGACGGAACUGUGAGCAUGAUGUGCGAAAAGAGAACUGCGGAUCCCUGUCUCAUGGCGCUUGGCUGCCCAAGAAGUGUUCCCUGUGCAAAUGCUGGCACGGCCAGCUCCGCUGCUUUCCUCAGGCCUUUAUCUCUGGUUGUGAGAGCCGCGUGAUGGAAGAGCACCUUGCAGUUUCUAGGACUCCAGAAUUAGCCCCGUCUGCAUGGACCACUCUCAUGCUAGCUGGCCUCUGUCUUUCUAUACAAAGUUACUGUUAA